AUGGAUGCCCAUUGUAAUCAACAGCAGAAUCUUACCUUUCUAUCGAAGAAGCUGAAAAUGCUCCAAUCCGAUAAAUACAAUCACAUUUACAAGGAAACAGGGAACCGUUUUGCCGGACUUGGGGAAGAGGCAGGCAACCCCAAGGCUGGCAAAGCAUAUUCCAAAGAGAUGCCCAAUAUACCAUUUUUCUGGCAUAAAAACCCUUCUCCUGCCAAAAGUCCAGCCCGUGGUAGCUCUUCAGAUUCCACCUUUGCCGAUUUUGCUUCAAAAUUUACUUUAAGCCAAAAGAGCAGCGAUAGUAAAAGCUGUUCCACAAUAAAUGUUUCUUCGCUUGCAAUGCUUCCUUCCUGGGAUCUUUAUUAUCUAGGAGCUGAUGUCGAAGAGAGAAAAUACUUCCGUAUCGAGGAUUUCAUGAAUGAGAGAAUCAUUGCUGCCAAGACAACCGGGCAAACCCCGCAUACAAAGAAGCGAGCCAUUAAAGAAGCAAGAAGAGAAAAGGACGCGAUGAACUCUAAGGCCGAAACCAAGGAUGAAGGUAAAUGGGAAUGUGUAAGUUUCCGCUAUUUGCAUUGAUUUGGGCAAGAUAUGUGCUUACCUGUCUACAGAUGAAGGUUGUACAGGAAAACAACAAUGGCCAGGCUCCUAAGAAGAAUGCUUCGAGGAAUGCCAAGGGGCAAUUGAUUUGUGGAUGGAAGAAUAGCUUUGAUGUGCCCAUAUGCGAGAGAUGCGGAAGCGCUCGAGAUCCUAAAAAGAAUUUCUCAUACGCCACUUCCAAAAGUUAG